GACCAGGGCUCAAACCCGUGUCCCCUGCAUUGGUGGGCGGAUUUUUAACCACUGCGCCACCAGGGAAGUCCCGGGUUCUUAGCUUUCACAGCGCUGCUCUGAGGCGUCCACUGCGUAUGAGUCUGGGGGACAAAGGCAUCUUGUCCAGACUUACAGAUUUCUCCGAUUAACGAAAAUGGAAGGAAGCAUUUAUAGUGCAAACAUUUAAAGUUUUUUGCCAAAUUUUCCUUAUUAGUUGACAUGAAAUUAAAUAUGACAUCAAGUGAUUCACAUACGGGAUGUAACUGGAGUGCCUUUUCAAAACUGCCUGUUAUGAAAAAGGAACAUAACAGUAAAAACUGGUUCAGUUUAGAGGAGAAAACUAAGAACUCCUCACUUUUCAGGGGCAUUACUGUAUAAAAUAUUUUCUUCACUUAAGAAUAUCCUUUACACGGCUGCUUUGUUUGUGAGAGACAUUAAGAAUGAAAGAGAUGAGGAAGGAAGACCUCAUAAGGAGUUUUGCUGUCCUCAGUGUACUCCUACUUGGACUUUUCUUAAAAACCCACGGUAAAUACAGUCGCCCCCUGGUAUCCACAGUGGGGUUGGUUCCAGGCCCCCUGCAGAUACCAAAAUCCAACAUGCUCAAGUUCCAUAUGUAAAACGGCAUAGUAUUUGUAUAUAACCUAUGCACAUCUUCCCGUAUAUUUUAAAUCGUCUCUAAGAUUACUUAUGAUACCUGAUGUAAUAUAAAUGGUAUGUAAAUAGUUGCCUAUGUGCAGCAAAUUCAAGCUUUCUUUUCUGGCAUUUUUCCCCCUGAAUAUUUUCGAUCCAUGGUUGUUUGAAUUGCAGAUACAGAACCCGAGGAUAUGGAGGGCUGACUGUACUUGAAUUUUUGUGGGUUUUGGCGGGGGGGACUGGGGGUGGUAAUCUAUUAUGUCUUUGAAUAUAAAGUAGUACUAGGAUGGGGCAAGAGGGCAGCUGGGCUAUUUAUGAAUCAUAUGGGCUUGACCUUUUUAGCGUAAUGUGCUGUCAGAGCCUUAUCCUUUAAAAAGGGCUGAGAUGUUUUUGUGUGGGGGAAAAAACCAAAACACUGGUUUAUCAUCUAAAGUAACCUUUUUUAUGCCCAAGAACUAUUCAAACAAUCUGUUUUUCUGUACAAACGCAUAUGUCUUAAAUUAACUCUGUCUAUAAGUAUCAUAUGUUAUAAAAUUUGGGUUUUCUUUUAAAUUGGAAAAGCACUUAUUAAAUGGUUUUCACACACACACACACGAACACACACACUUUAAUGAAACAAAAUCCUGAGUGACUUGACACCUUUUAACUAACCUUGGUGGGAUGUAAGUUAGCACACAGUUCUGUUUUAGGGAAUAUAAAUGCCUUUGGAUUAUAAUGACUUGCUCAUCUUUUUCAUUGACCUGGGGUGGCUGUUGGGUGGUGAAAUGUACUCAGUUCGGAAAUGGAAGAGUCUUGGAAUGAAAUGUGAAAUGUGAAUCUAAAUGGCUAACACUGAUCUGAGGGUAAAGCGGUUCAUCUCCCCGAGAAGCGGGAGCAUGUACGAUAUCCUGAGAUGCCCUUCGUUCACCAGCUGUUUAUCGACCAUUUGUUAUGUUCCGGGCUCUGAGCUAGGCUGCGGGGAUAGCAGGAUAAAUCAAACAUGGUCCCUGCCCGUGAGGAUCCAUAAGCCUGUGGGGAAGAGGGACGUCUUGACAGACAGUUGGGAGACUGUCUGGGAAGGGCUUCUGGAACUAACCCUGAAGAUGUAGACUCUUCCUGGGGGAGGGGGGGGUGUUAGCUUUGUUGGAGCAGCCAUCCUGGUGCAGGGUCUUGGGGAGUGUUGAGGUUUGUCAGAUGGAGGAGGCCCCGGCCAGGCCUCUGAAGGCAAGGCAUCGUGGAAGGGCCUGGCUGGUCUAAAGGUGGUGGGGUGACACCGGAAAGGCAGACGCAGGUCAGAUUAUGUUAGGGUUACCCUCCAGGUAAUAGGGAGCCGUCGAAUGUCAUUUAGCAGAGGAGUCUCCUGCUUAGGGUUGUAUUUUUAAAAAUAAGUGGUGGCAGUGUGGAGGCUCAGUUAAAGUGGGGGAGAGAAAAAGGGGGCGCUCUGUGACCCGUGAGGGCCUGAGUUGAGGCAGUGACUGUGAGGAUGCAAAGGGGGGCUGCUUCGUGAUGCUGAAGUCAUAGCUGGCUGCAUUGGAGGCUUGGGUGGUGCAGAGGAGAAAUUGAGGGUCAGCUGAUUUUUCCAGUUUGGUGAUGCCAUUUUCCAGAAAAGGUGGUACAGGAGGAGGAAGGCGAGAUGGAUAAGUAUGGGUUGGAAGAGGCUGAAUUCGUAGCCUCCUGUGAGGCAUGAAUUUAUUUGGAAACAUGUGCUGUGAAAUAUUUGAUCCACUUGUUAGGUGGAUCAACAAGUGGAUCAAAUAUUUGGGAAAUUUUUAGACUGUUACUUAAGAUGAAGAAAGAAGACAUCGUCUGGAAGAGUUUUAAGGAUGUAAAGGAAAGUGCACUCAACUGGGCAUUGAGAUUUAAAUUCUGUUCCUGGUUCUUUGAUGUGUGUCGGGGUGAGCCACUUCACCCCAUCACGGGGUAGACUGACUUCUCCCUCUAAGACCCCUUCCGUCUCUGAACAGGCGGUUCGGUAUUUGUUAACAGAGUGACAGGAUCUGAAAAAUAACCCAAGCCUCUUUAUUAAUAGCUUUUGGUGUGACAGCUUCCUGUUUGAUGCUGUGUUUCCAGCCAGGGUUCCUUCUUGUGAAUCAGAUCACCGAAGUGGCCUUGGAGUACAACAACUGUCACGGGGACCAGGUGGUGGAGCGGCUCCUUCAGCACCUGCGGCGAGUGGACGCCCCGGUGUUCAAGUCUCUGGCACCUGAGCCCCCGGCCCAGCUGCCGGACCCGCCACUGAUAACGGAGUCCCCCUGCUGUAACACCGUGGUGCUGCCCCAGUGGCACUCCAUCUCCAGGACCCACAACGUGUGUGAACUGUGUGUCAACCAGACCGCCGGCGGCCUCAGGCCAAGGUCGGUCAGCAUGCCCCAGUGCAGCUUUUUCGAGAUGGCAGCAGCUCUGGAUUCUUUCUACCUCAAGGAGCAGACCUUUUAUCAUGUGGCAUCAGACAGCAUAGAAUGCAGGAAUUUUCUAAGUUUCUAUAGCCCUUUCAGCUACUACACUGCAUGUUGCAGGACCAUAAACAGGGGCGUGACAGGCUUCAUUGAUUCUGAACAAGAUGUCUUUGAAACCCCGACCAUUGCAUUUUCUUCCCUUGAGAAGAAAUGUGAGGUUGAUACCCCAAGCUCCGUUCCUCACAUUGAGGAGAACAGGUAUCUCUUCCCUGAACUGGACGUGGAUAGCACAAGCUUCAUAGGCCUGAGCUGCAGAACCAACAAGACCCUGAACAUCUACCUUUUGGAUUCCAAUUUAUUUUGGUUGUAUGCAGAGAGGCUGGGUGCUCCGAGCGCUGCUCGGGUGAAAGGAUUUGCUGCAAUUGUUGACGUGAAAGAAGAGUCUCACUAUGUCUUGGAUCCAAAACAAGCUCUUAUGAAGUUCACCCUAGAGUCUUUCAUUCAAAACUUCAGCGUUCUCUACAGUCCCUUGAAAAGGCAUCUUAUCGGAAGUGACUCUGCCCAGUUCCCAUCUCAGCGUUUAAUCACUGAAGUGACAACUGAUACCUUUUGGGAAGUAGUCCUUCAAAAACAGGAUGUGUUGCUGCUUUAUUAUGCACAGUGGUGCGGCUUCUGUCCAGCCCUCAAUCACGUCUUUAUCCAGCUAGCUCGGCUCCUGCCCGUGGAUACAUUCACUGUGGCGAGGAUUGAUGUAUCUCAGAAUGAUCUUCCUUGGGAAUUUAUGGUUGACCGUCUUCCUACUGUCUUAUUUUUUCCCUGUAACAGAAAGGACCUAAGUGUGAAAUACCCCGAAGACCUUCCCAUCACCCUUCCAAAUCUGCUGAGGUUCAUUUUGCAUCACUCAGACCCUGCUUCUGCCCCCCAGAACUCGGUUAACCCUCCUACCAAAGAGUGUCUUCAGAGAGAGGCCGUCCUGCAGCAGGGGCACAUCUCCCAUCUGGAGAGGGAGAUCCAGAAGCUGAGGGCGGAGAUCAGCGCCCUGCAGCAGGCGCAGGGGCAGGUGGAGGCCCGGCUCUCGAGCACGCGCAGGGACGAGCAGCAGCUGCGGCGGCGGCAGCACACGCUGGAGAGGCAGCACAGCCUGCUCCAGCGGCACAGCGAGCAGCUGCAGGCCCUGCACGAGCAGAAGAGCCGGCAGCUUGAGGAGGUGGCCCGCCAGCUCCAGGAGCUGGCCGAUGCCUCGGAGAACCUCCUCACCGAGAACACCUGGCUCAAGAUCCUCGUGGCCACCAUGGAGCAGAAACUGGAGGGCAGGGACGGGGCCGAAGGCCGUGCUCCCCCGGACGAGGCGCGAUCGGACUACCGCAAGCCCUCGGGCGCCCCCCGGCUACCAGCCAGCACCCCUCCGCCUUCCAACGUCAGCUCCACGCUGGCCUCUGAAAGGAGCACCGAGAACAGGACAGACUAACUUUGAAAAUGACACGAAGAAAUCAGAGGUGAAGACUGUACAUUGCGAAUAUAUUUAUGCAAAUUUUAUUGAAAUUUAUUGUAAAUAAAGAUUUUCUCAGUGGUCUAGAAAAUCA